AUGACGGUCCACCGUAUUCUAGUAGCAUCUUACACCCCCAAUAUCUCAACACUCGAGUUUGACCCUCUUGCACACAAGCUCAAACCGAUCGCCCAAUCCCCAGCUGGGACAAACCCCUCUUGGGUCGCCGCACACCCGACAGAACCAGGCCUAAUUGCUGCCACGAACGAAGUGACAGAUGGCAAAGUGCAUCUCUUCCGAUACCUCAAGGAUGGCAAAUUGAAGCUUUUGGAGAGUGUGGGAACCGAUGGAGAGGAUCCCGCACAUUUGGCCGUGCUUGAGGAUGAGAUCGUCGUUGGUAACUACUCAUCUGGGAACCUCCUUUCCAUCCCACUUUCUACCUCUGCCCCUCACCUUGGUUCUGUGUCUCCUUCCAUUCAACUUACUGGCUCAGGUCCCAACAAAUCGCGUCAAUCUUCUCCGCACCCACACCAGAUUUUUCCAUACAAGGGGCGAUUGUAUGUUCCCGACUUGGGUUCUGACCGAGUCAUUCAAUACGAAAAGAAAGACGGCCAGUGGGUUGAAGUAGGAGAUAUCAAAUCUCACGAACCUGGCGCUGGACCGAGGCACGUCCAAAUUCACGAUGAAAUACUCUACGUCAUCGAAGAACUAACCAACACGCUCUCCGCCUACUCGUUAUCAGACGGGAAACAUAUUGCGUCGCUCUCAACGCUCCCCUCGCCUCCUCCCAAUCUCACGGUUUCUUCAUCGACAACAGGUAGUUCGCCUACCCCGUCUUCUGCAGCACCCGAAGGAGCCCCUUCGGCGCUUCCUUUACUUGCAGCAGAGCUCCUUUUGGUCACGCACCCCGAGCCAUUGUUAUUUGCGACCAACAGAAACGAAACACACCCCGAAGGUGAUUCAAUCACUAUUUUCUCCCCUAUCAAGGACGGGAAUACCGACGCCUUCAAGCUUGUCAACUCGGUUCGGACGGGGCUAAACCAUGCCCGAGGGGCUGCGUUUGGAGGGGACAAGGACAAGUGGUUGAUCGUUGGAGGCGCGGACAAGGGGGGUGUUAAGAUUUUCGAAAGAGAUGGGAAAGACUUGAGGCCUGUGGUAGGCAUGGCCGGAGUCAUUGCGCCCACUGGGUUCUUACCAUGA